AUGAUGUCUCGACAAACACUGAGACCUUUCCUGGCUGAAUUUCUUGGGACGGCCCUACUCAUCGUGAUCGGAGAUGGUGUCGUGGCUCAAUGUCUCUUGUCUGACUACCAAUACGGCACCUGGUUGUCGAUCAACUUGGCAUGGGCUUCAGCGGUUUGCCUCUCAGGUUAUUUGUCUGACCCUAGUCCAACCAUCAAUCCGGCUGUCACCAUCUGCAUCGCGCUCGUACGGCCAUCUGUGAGGCAGUGGAAAUCAAUUCCUAUCAAACUGCUUGCUCAGUUCCUAGGCGGAUUCGUCGGUGCAGCUAUCGUGUACGUCAACUACCGCUCAGCUAUUAAUGCCUGGGAUCCCGAAUAUACAAUUCCUGGUGGAUCCAUCUUAAGUCCGCGCGGACAUCACUCUGCAGGCAUUUUUUCCACUUACCCAUCCGACUUUCUCGGAUCGAAUUGGGAGGCUGUAUUUUCCGAGGUUUUGGGGUCGGCCGUGCUCAUGUUCGGCUCGCUUAGUAUCUCAGACCCGAGGAAUGCAUCUCGAUUCCCCGCCCCGCAUUUAUCUGUGUUCUUGCUUCUGCUGAUGAUUGGAGCAGCGUUAGGUUGGCAAACUGGCUAUGCUCUCAACCCAGCAAGAGAUUUUGGCCCGAGGCUGUUUUCGGCUUUCAUUUACGGCCCAGAAGUGUUUACGGCAGCAAAGAACUAUUUUCUUGUUCCAUUGUUCGCGCCUAUUUUUGGCUGUAUCGUUGGCGCAACGACUUAUGACGCGAUGCUGUUUGAAGGGGACGGGUCCCGCAUUGCGGAUGCGCUUGACAAAGUAGAAGGCCAUGGAUCACUCCAACUUAUCGACGAUUGA